CGCCGAUCAUCGCAUCGGUCGGUCCAUCGACCAUCUCUGGAUCAGGUCCUCGGUCCUCCCCUGUCCAUCCACUUGACACUCCCUCUGGUGUCUAUCUCCUCUUCCUUCAUGAUGCAGCCAUCACAGGAAACCCCAGAAAACCAGCCUGGUCGGCCAGGGACGCCGCCGCGCCCGCCCUAUUCCCCAGUGACGCCCGUCUUCGCGCAUCUUGCCCCGGUCAUCAAUCCCUCUGCCCUCAACGGUACCCCCCACCCCAUUGUCCCUCCAGCGACAUCGCCCUCCCCGACAACCAAGGUCCCUCCGUACAGCCUGCCCCCGGACUUCCCUCCCCCUGCAAGUGCGCCCGUGUUCGCGCCCGAGCCCGCCCCGGUCCCGAUAUCGGAAAGCGAGAACCCCGAUGCCAUUGCUCUGCGGUCCGCGAUCUCCAUCCUGCAGCUCCAGAAGCAACAGAGUCUGCGCGAUAUCCAGACCCUGGAGAAGUUGAAGAGGGCGGCCGCGGAGGACCCGGAGGGGUUUGCUCGCGAAGUGGCGGCGGGGAAUCUAACAGCCAAAGAACAGGGGGGCUUUAUCAAUUUCACCCACGAAGACAGGGAAUCGGACGACGACGAGGAGGAUGUGGGAAGUCCCGAGCGUGGCUCCCGGUCGGGACUGGGAACGAUUCCUACGCCGCAAAAUGUGGUCCGCAUGCCUCCGAUCAAUUGGGACAAGUAUCAGAUCGUGGGCGAAUCGCUGGAUAAGAUGCACGAGGAGCAGCGGAGACGACCGUCGUCUGGGGAGCCUCGUCGGGAUGAGAGCGCCCCGCGGGCACCAGAGCAUAUUCUGGCGUCACCGUACCGUCCGCUCGUGGAUAAGCUGGAGAGCCCGGGGAAGACGAAGGGGGCUAACAAAAACAAAAGACCUUGAUUAGAGAAUCCUUAAAAGCUAGAUACAGGUAUUGUCUGUAUGAACUAGGGCGAGUCAUAGCACAUAGCGGUCAUCCAU